AUGGCAAGACUAGAGGAUGUGUUAGUAGACGCCGAAGCCGUAGGUACAUGUAACCAUCUCUUGAAAUGCUAUGGUGAUGACCUCGGUGUGGAUGUGUUGUCUGAGGCGCCGAAUAUAGACGUGGCUGCGGCGUCAUUCCUAUCGCAAGUCGCCGGGAAAUCGGCUGAGCAGGUAAAAACCACCUUGGACAGCCUGAAUCACGCACUGUUGAUUGUAAGCGCUUUGCGCCACAAGGGGGUAUUGAACAACACAAGCGACAUAAUCAAAAGUGAGGAAGAGGUGAACACGUUCCUGGGCCUGUUGAACGACGUGUCCGAGUCGGUUGGUGUUCUGCGCAGCGAUGUUGAAAGCCGGUACGGGCAUUCUAUUUCCCUAUAUCGGGCGUUAGAAGAUGACAUUGCGUGCCUUGACGGUAUUUGCAAGGCUCAAACCUACGUGGUUGAAUGCAUGGAUGUGUUAUCCAGUCUGCGUGAGAUCAAGUCUCUAACUCACAGUCUGGGCACCUUAGACGAGUACGCCACGUUGUUAAACACGUCGCACAAACUUUCUGAGAUAAUGUCUCGCGUCGCCGCUAUGCAGAAGACCGACGUCAGUAACAUUAUCUUCAGGCAAUGCGAGGAGUUGAAGACACACGUGGUUAAUCUCACAUCUGACAAGGGUAUAAAUGUCCUCAUUCGUCAGCCUGUGGCGUCUGGUAGUAAUGAAACAACUGAUGAGAGUACGCUGAAGAGGCUUUCAAUAUGUCAUUACAUUCUAAGGGAGCUAGCAGUAGCUCCUUCGUACACGCUACGGCUUGUAGAUGAAAUGGUUGCGUCCACAGGUAGGUGCAUCGAUUUGGAUCAGUUGUUGAGGUCAGGAACUCGCGACGAUAUGUGGCAACAAUUCUUAAUAUCGCAGUUGGCCGAAUUCAUGGCCAAGUACAAGUCGUGUCUGAUGGCACUCCACACAUUCUGCCGUUCUGUGAACUAUCGGCUGAGCGAACACCUGAGUGAGGAAGAGGAGCAUAUUCUGAAACUAUGUCCUCUCCUCUCCCAGCCGCUUCGUAAACAGCACGAUCCCCUCGAGGUGUUCGCUGCAUGUGAGCUCUACGUCAAACGCUGUGUGGGCAUUUUGCAUACAGCCUUAUCUCAUCUGGAAUCGCAAUCUCCCGCAAGUGGGCGCUUCGAUGUUGCAAUGCUCGCUCCUCAACUUAUCUCUAUCGGCGAAUGCACCCACAAGGAGCUAUGUCAUUUGAACAUCCCCUUCAACAUGCACGCCCACUACUUUACGGUCGUGUGCGAGAGGUACGCAAAGGAGUUUAUGACAAAUACCGCUGCCCGCAUGUUGCCUGCGUCUCAGGCUGCAUUUGCGGCCUGUUUGAAGGUACUACACCAGAACGGCGUGAAAAGCUUCAAGGGUUUGUCCCCCGAUCGCGAACUGCAGAUUGCAGCCGCCAUGGUCCACUCGGUCCCCGUAGACGUUGGCCUUGCGCGAGUUAUGUACGACUUUAUAGACAAAUCACACAGCUGUGAGACUCUACACAGGCACGUGUUGGAGGUUGCGAACUCGGCACUGCAGAAUAUAUUACGGGCUGCUGAAGAUGUGUCCACGGUAUCAGGAUCUCGUCUGCUUCUGAGCGAUGGCGGGAGCAAGAUAUCUCUGAAGCGUCCCACCGAUGCGCACUGUAUUAAUGCGCGCAUUUAUCACUACAUUCUAUCAUUCGUGGACGUUAUAGAGCCGUGUUUGGUCAUGCCGAUGGAUAAGGAGUCCAAAUUAUACGGUACGGUGCAGGCUUUCAAAAACUUGAAUGUCAUUGGUUGCUGGUCCGAUGAUGUAGGUGCCACCUUGUGGCAUACGGUAUCCUACAUCAGCUCUGGUAAUACUCAGGAGUUUAGGUGGCAAGCACAGCAGGUACUCACUGCAACGCAGAACAUUGUGAAAAUAUGCAAUUUCUUGAGGGAAAACUACUUCGAUCAGCUUGUGCAAAAUGGACAUAUGCGCCUGUUUAGGCGCUUGGCGACUCAUGCCAUCGCAUCUUUUGUUGUUUAUGCGCUGACGGUCUGGCCUCUGGCGGAAAACGACAAGAUGGCACUGCUGGGCGUCGUAACCGAGUUGGAGAUGGCACUAGCAGAAAUCUUGAAGGAAUCACUGCCAAAGCUUGAGUCUGACUUCCUCGCCGCUCUUCGCCGCCUACUUUACCUAGGCGAUGAGUUAUAUGACGUAAUAGACUCACCGGAUUUCCAAUCCACCGCAUGUUUGAAGCUGCCGAUCGACGUGAUAUCACUACACGUGAUGACACGUGUAGUUAACAGUGAUCAUGUGUCGGCGCCAAUGCGUGAAGAGUUGCUGCGUUCGCCUCUCUGUCAAUAUUGGGGAACCAACAGUAUACAUACCGUCUUGGAUUCCUUCCGCGACACCAUGCUACGCUACGAGCCGUCCGUUCCGUGUUCGCCAAUGUUCGGAAAGAAGUUGGCAGCAUAUUUGAAGCAGUUUGCAUCGUUCGAAUCUUUACUAAACGAGCAACUAAGUAAAGCAUUCACUUUCCUAAACAAUCACUAG